UUCUUGAAUUUGAAAUCUGAAAUUAAUGUCUAACUUCGAAGAUUGGUUAUUUGUGUUGUCAAAUGAAUUAAUUUGAAUUUUAAAAGCAAUGUUGAUAUCAGAUGGAAUUAAUCAUGGAAAGCUGCAAUCAAUAAUUGUUGGAGAAUUAAAGAAAGCCGGAUUAAAACAUCGUUUAAAGAAGAUAAUCCUGAAAAAUGUUAAAGAUCAUAAAACUGUAUUUGGAGCACCUUUGAUGAAGGUGCCAUCAUGUAGUGUUAUUUGUUGUGGGAGUACUCUGAGUAUUCCAAUUGUUGUGAGUGAAAUGUCUUCUGUGCUGCGGGCUAAUGCUCAUGUUGAAGGUUUGUUUCGUAAAGCCGGCUCUCAAACACGUCAAAAAGAUAUUAAGCGCCUCUUGGAUGCUGGAGGUUGCGUGUCUGAGGGCCACCACCCCAUUGAUGUAGCAAGUGUAUUGAAGCUAUAUUUGCGUUGUUUGCCGGAACCUCUAAUAAGUGCUGAAGUUCAAGACUUGUUAUUAAGAUGUAGAGUUACAGCUGGAAGUGAUGGAUUGAAAUCAAUUUUACACACAUUAUUGUUAUUACCAGUGCUGCAUGUGCACUUGUUGCAUUAUAUUAUGGAGUUGCUCAGAUAUAUUGCAUCAAAGCAUAAAGACAAUUUAAUGGAUUCCUCAAAUCUGGCAAUAGUGUUAGCCCCCAGUAUUAUGCCCCUCCCUGCUGCUGCAACUGCACAAAGACUUGAGCAUCAUGUAGCUCUUGUUAAGAUCUUUAUUGAAAACUCACAACACAUUGGACUUCUCACUGAAGAUCUCAUGACACAAUUAGAUGACGACACAGAUGUACACCAGUCAAGAAGAAAAAAAAGAAGAAGUGGUUCAUUGAAUCGAAUGUUAAAUGGGCUGCGGAAAAUGGUGUCUGGUAACGUGAAUACGCCAGCUACAGUGCGGGAAUACGAUAAGACUCCGGUUUUAAGUAAAUCCGCCGCCAAACGUAAAUUUGAUACAGCCGAGGGACUUUCUGUAAAAAUAAAGAAAGAAAUUAAAUCAGGCCUUCCUCAAAAAGAGUUAUCAUUCACUCCAAUGAAAAUGGGUGUUACAGAGCGAAAACGACUACGACUAAGCAUGAUAGAUGUAAGGUGUUCACCUAAUAGGAACUCCGAUUUCGAAUCACAUAAAAACUCCGAAACUAGUCUAAGUAGUGAAGAUAUAUUAACAUCUUCAGAACAUCUAUUCAGUGCCCAUGAUACCAUAGAUCUUUCGUCAGAAAAACAAUCUGAAAAGGAUUACGUUCGAAUAUCGAAACAGGAGUAUGAAGAAAUAAAGAGUAGAGUAUCUGCAAUAGAGAAUAGACUUUCGAGAGAAUUCACUGAUGUUAUACCCAGAGUGCAACCAUUGCAACAAGUUCAAAACGUAUACGAACAAACCUUGGAGGAAGUGGCAAUGUUAAAUUGUCCAGGGUCAGAACAUUUAGCUCGGCGCCUAAGUAAAGAACUUAAAAUCAGACCGAAAGAAGAAGCGAAAAUUAUACGUUCACCCAGCGCCAGGAAAAUCGGUUCCAUAAGACGUCGAUCUAAAGAGAACUUAACGAAAAUAGUUCGCCAUAAAUCAUGGAAUGCAUCCACACAUCAAGCUAGUCAGAUUAUGGAUAGAUUUUAUCCAUAUAUUGGAGUAUCACGUAGGGAACGGACAAGUACCGCAAAAACAAAUAAUGUUAAUAAUGAUCAGUCUAGUGAAUGGGAUGGUUCCUUAUCUGAAAAUUCUAUCCAAAAUGCAUCAGAUUCGAGUCAAAAAUAUCAUAUGCGUAAAAGAAUAAGCUUGGCGCCAGAUUAUGGUUCAGAAAGAUUAACUACAAAAACUAGAUGCAUUUUACCACGAAGAUCUUUAAAUGUCACAAUUAACAAUAGUUCUGAUAGCUCAGUAAAUAACACAUUUAGUUCCUGCGAGAAACCAAAAAUUUCUAGACAAAAUCAGUUGAAUAAAGCAUUUAAAGAAAGUCCUGUACAAUCACAGCAUAAAUGGAGAAGUGCUGCAGCAUUCUUCAUGGAUAAAACUGGAGAACUCGAUAGUAACAGCCAUUCUGGGAGACCGUCAGUUAAUAAAUUGCGGAAACAAAACGCUGGUGCAGUUUUAGCAAAAGCAAAACUUUUCGAAACAAGUUCCGAAAAGUCUUCCGAGAGAAGUGAAAAAAUGCAAAAUCCAGCUUUCGCCAGAAAACCAAGAGCUCAAUAUCAAGUGAAGAGUCAGAAAAAUAUUAAUUCAAUGGCGCCAACUAAAUCAGAGAGCGUCAAUAACCUGCAGUCUAGAAUGGUGUUUGACAAUAAUAAGAAUAAAGAGGCAAUCCCUAAUCUUCAUCAAAGGCCAUACAAUACCUAUAACCCUAAAGAAGUAUUAAUUUCGAGAUCUAAUAGAAAGACGACGCCGCCAGUCAAAAGGGUAGUGUCGCCACAAUCCAAUGGUAUUAAAACUCCAAAUUUACCAGCCUUAAAAAAGCCUCUGUGUACACCGCGGAGUCUUCGAACACCUUCAACAUAUGGCGAACAGAAAAAAUAUAAUACGCCAAUAAAAGCUGUUCAUACAUCACCUAAAAGACGAUCUCCUAGACAGAAACUUCAUCGACCAGUUAAUCAGAAUUUAUAAUAUCUAUUAAGUUUCUGUGUUUAACAAAUAAAUGAAGUC